AUGAAGACCCGCAUCGCGUGCUACUUCGAUGUGCCCCGCCCCGAUAACAAGUCGGACGACAUCAACUGGGUCGACGUGCGCGCCCGCGAGCCCCGCGUCCGCCUCCAAAUCUUUCGACCGUUUCGCCUCCCUCCCAUCGCGCUCGAUCCGACUGACCCGAAGCAUCCACCGGGCCCCGUCCCCGUCCAACGACAACCCCAGAUCGACCUGAAGCACACCGACAUGAAGAAUGACCUCAAGCGCAAGGUGGCCGCCAAGACGGGCGUCCCGAGCUGGCGCCUCUCCAUGCGACUCGGACCCUUCCAGGAGGUGUACAUGUUCGACCGGGGCGCCAAGAACGGCAUCAUGCCGAAGACCUUCGGGAUCACGACGAUGGUCCACAGGCCGGAACUCGUCGGCAACGCGCGUUUCGACGCCUUAUACUUCGGCGCGUGGCCCAAAGACCUCCCCGACGAGGAGCCGAACCCGCUCGCGGACGGGUGGGGGCAGGAGUGGGAGGGACCCAACGGCGUCAAAGAGGCGCUCAAGCAGUACGAGAGGAAGAAGCGCUAA